AAAUUCUGCUCUGUCAGAAGACAGCAUCUGUCAAAGCCCACAUUUAAACUGCUCCUGCCUGUGCAGCAGCUGAAGAACUACGGAAUGGAUUUUAUAGACCAGAAUCCUCAGUUAAAACAGCUCAAAACCAUUUCUAUUACUGCCUAGCAACAAUGAAGGAAGGAGUAGAGGGAAAUCCUAUUACUGAAGGCAAGUGAAGCACUACGCGCUAGCACUCCCUGCUAACAUUACCAUUAGGAAUAUGGAUACUGAGGAGCAGAGAACACAGCACUGCAUUGUCCGACACGGGAAACACCAGAUGUAAAAGCUCCAGUGCAGCGUCGGUGAACGCCAGACAGCCCCAAUCAGAACAAACGAGAACUACCGUCCUUUUGUUUGAAGGAUAAACAAAAACCCCCAAGACAAGGACAACACUUAUGAGCAGAGAAGGUAACACAGAAACAAGCAGACAGAUGGACAAAUUGGAUACUGUGAAAAGCAAUCGCAGGAAGCAGACUGUUGGGGGAUGUGCGCAUGUUCGAUAGCAUCUUUUUUGUUGAAGUGAUGGCGUGCCAAAACUAUUUUCUGUGGGUAUAAUCCUCGCACCAUAAAUGGCCUGACCAAGGAAGCAUGAGCCAUUUGCAGACAAUUACUCAACACGAACAAAAGAAAAUGAAUACCAAAGAAUAGCAGUGGAUUCAAAAACGAUCAGAGAAGGAUUUUGCUUGGCCAUUGUCUCAUAUCCCAUCAUUGGAUUCUUACAACAUGCUUCAGUGGAGAAGACGACACUGCUGCUUUGGAAAGAUGACCUGGAAUACCAAAAGGUCUCUGUUUCGCACCCAUCUCAUCGGCCUGAUCUCACUGGUAUUUCUUUUUGCUGUGUUUCUGUUCUUUAACCAUCACGACUGGCUGCCAGGCAGGGUUGGAUUCAAAGAAAAUCCCAUGGCUUACACUAUAAGAGGAUUUAGAUCUACAAAAAGUGAGACAAACCACAGCUCUCUAAGGAACGUGUGGAAGGAUGCCGUACCUCAGACACUCAGGCCUCAAACAAUCACCAACACCAACAACACGGAUCUGUCACUACAAGGAGUAACCGGUUUGGAAAAUACCCUCAGUGCCAAUGGAAGUAUUUACAACGAGAAAGGUACUGGGCAUUCGACUUUGUAUCAUUUCAAAUACAUCAUCAAUGAGCCUGAAAAGUGCCAGGAGAAGACCCCUUUUCUAAUACUGCUCAUAGCAGCAGAGCCAGGCCAGGUAGAAGCUAGACAAGCUAUUCGACAGACCUGGGGCAAUGAAAGCCUGACACCUGGCAUCCAAAUUGUUCGUGUUUUUUUGCUGGGGUUAAGCACCAAGACAAGUGGAUAUCUCCAGCGUACCAUACUAGAGGAAAGCAAACAAUACCAUGACAUCAUUCAACAAGAAUACUUAGACACCUAUUAUAAUUUAACCAUUAAAACUCUCAUGGGAAUGAACUGGGUUGCAUCUUACUGUCCACACGUUCCUUAUGUUAUGAAAACUGACAGUGAUAUGUUUGUCAAUACCGAGUAUUUAAUACACAAACUUCUGAAACCAGAACUUCCUCCAAGGCGCAAAUAUUUCACAGGUUAUUUAAUGAGAGGUUAUGCACCUAAUAGGAACAAGGAUAGUAAGUGGUAUAUGCCACCUGAUUUGUACCCAAGUGAACGUUACCCUGUAUUUUGCUCUGGAACUGGUUAUGUUUUUUCUGGUGACUUAGCAGAAAAAAUCUUUAAAGUCUCCUUAAGCAUCAGACGUUUGCAUUUAGAGGAUGUAUAUGUGGGGAUUUGUCUUGCCAAGCUGCGAAUUGACCCCAUGCCUCCACCCAACGAGUUUGUCUUCAAUCACUGGCGAGUUUCUUACUCCAGCUGUAAAUAUAGUCACCUAAUUACCUCCCAUCAGUUCCAACCUAGUGAACUGAUCAAAUACUGGAACCACUUACAACAGAAUAAGCACAAUGCCUGUGCCAAUGCAGCAAAAGAAAAAGCAGGCAGGUAUCGCCACCGUAAGCUGCACUAGAGGGACGAUGCUCCCCCUGGCAAAAGUACCCCCUUGUGCAAUUUGUAAAUAAGCGCAUGUACAGUGACAACAAAUGAGCUUAAUGGGACAGCCUUCAGUUGAUCCCCAUCACAUAGUGGAGUCUGAAAAUUAUUUUUUUAAGUUAAAAGAAGUAUGGCUCUUGAUGACACUAACAGUAUCACACUAUAACCAAAAAAGGGUUACCCAGCAAAUUUGUGGGAAAUAAAAGAUGGUAGAUAAGGAUUUUUUUGUGUUAACGUGCAAUAAGCAGCAUGCACACUUUGGUGGUACAAUUGCUGAUUUAUGUGCCAAUAAAAUAUGACUGUGCAUAUUUUCCACACUAAAACUUUGUUUUAAAAAGCCGCAUUGAUAGUUCCAGUUCUCUUCAAUGGAAUGAUUUGUGGUCAUCCAGAAUUGCUCUCAAAUUAAAAGCUAAGGAAAUGCACAAAGGGCAGAUCAGUUUUCCCUUCAAACACCACAGGAAAAUUUUUACACAUUUCUUUAAUGCACAAUGCAUUUAGCAACACCACAUUUACAAUUUAGUAAGACACUACUAAUGAGCUCUAAAAUACUAAGAAAUUACACUCUUAAUGUAGGUGCAGUUUGGGGAAUGUUGCUUGUUCUGCAUUUAUAUAUCCCUCCUCCUGUUGUUAGGAAGGAGGGAUAUAUAAAAUCUAAGUUCAGAAGACCAUCGCUUUGUACAUCCCCUUCAGAAAUGAAGGUGGUGUUCUAGAAUCAACUGUAGAUUCUCCUCAAAAGAGCUGACUAAAGGUUACUGUGAUACUGUGAUUUCUAGAGGAAAGUAUCACCAAGGUUGGAAGAGACCUCAAAGAUCAUCAAGUCCAACCUAUCACCCAAGAUCUCAUGACUAGACCAUGGCACCAAGUGCCACGUCCAAAAAUCAUAGGGUGAGCUCCUAAAAUCUGGUGACAAGUAAUAGUUAACAUGGCAUCUUCGUGCAAAUUCAUUGAGUCUGCUAUUAAUUUCCUUACGUAACUUAAGGUAACUCAAAGGCUGAUCGGAAAUGCAAGGCAGAACUUCAAGCCUUUCACUGUGGUUUUGAAAAUGUUCCUUUUUGUGGAAAGUGGGAGAAAACCAAUCAAAUCUUUGUUGAUUUUGCUCUUUUCUGCCUGCCACGAAGAAGGACCAGUCAAAUGGAAAUAGGUCUGUUAGAGAAGUCACACACCUUCUUUUAUAAAUGGGGAAGUCUAUAUCAUAAGGUAGAGAAUUACACAGAGCAAUAUGGGCAAGAAAAAAAAAUUUAAGCAAUUCUAAAAAUUAAAGCCACAACACAUGCCACUGAACACAAAUUGUGAGAAGCAGGUUAAAUCUAUUUCCAGCUUUCCAGUUUUCUAACAAGCAGAACUUUUCAAGCUUAUUUUCCAAGAGUUACAGCAGACUUGUAUCAAAUUCAGGUUAUCACUGUUUGUCACAGUGCCAGGGUAAGCCAUACCCACACCUCUGAUUUAGCAGCAACUGAUGGAACUGUGACUAGUUUUCUGUUUGACUGGGGCUUUUUAAUUGGGUAAAACACAAGUAUUUGAUGUACUUUUAUUAUUUAAUAAAAUUGAUUAUAUUUAUGGUC